AUGGUCUCGUCCACAGCCGUCCUGCAGGUACUGUUUUUGGCAUGUGUCGUGGCAUCCGGCGAGUCGCCGGGCGCGGAAACCGACGUCAAGCGACCCGAACCGGUGUCCACGGUGACUGCAGCCACCGACGACGACUCCGGUCAACGCGGGACCUCUCCACCGGCCACACAACCCAAAGACGUGUCCAUCCUCAAGCAGAUCAACAAGGUGAACGACGACGGUUCGUAUACGUUCGGGUACGAAGCGUCGGACGGCAGCUUCAAAGUGGAGACCCGCGACGUGGCGGGCAACGUGAAGGGCAUGUUCGGGUUCGUGGACGACGUGGGGCGUCUGAAGCGCGUGUCGUACUCGGCCAGCAACUCGUCCGGGUUCCAAGCGGCCGGCAGCGAGUCUCCCCGACCGUCGCCGGACCCGACGGCCGCGUCUGCGGUGCAGACGACCACGGUUCGUAGAAAUAAAAAGGAUGACGGCGGCGGCGACGAGUCGGACGGUGGAAAGUCAGCGGCGGUUGGAGUGAAAAAGGUGCUGGUGUCCAAGAGACCCGUCGUGGUGGCCGCGGCGCCGGAAUUGCGGACGGAGACGGAAAAUGAGGUGGACGACCAUCGACGGCGAGGUGGCAACGACCUGCGAAGGCAGCUGCCCAGGAACGAAGACGGAGACGCACCCGACGUGUACGGCGUGCACGGCCGGUCCAGUCUCCAGGAGUCGGGACCCGUGUCACCCGUCGUGUCGGCACUCAUGUCCGAACUGAUGCCGGUCAGGUCAUACGGCCGUCCGACGGGGCCGCCGCCGCCAUCACCGCCGAUCGGAAACGAAGACGCAGUCAGCAGCAGACGGGCGGCGCAGGAGCUGCAGGAAGAUGAAUACGAAGACGGACAACAGUACAACGGUGGCCCGACGACGGUUCAGUACCGCGGGAGGCGGCCUCCCGCCGCGCUGUACCAGCAGCGUACAUCGUACCCGACGGUGGCUUCAACGGCGGCGUACCAACAACAGCGACCGGUCGCGUACCUCGCACCGCUGCCCCAGCGCGGUCCCAGUCUGGUGGCUCUACGGGACGAGCUCAUGGAGCUCAUACUGUCGUUCGUGCAGGCUCGCGUUUCGCAACUCGUGUCCGUCGCCCCUUACCCCGCGCCCGCCCCGUACCCUAUGCCUUAUCAGCAGCCCAACUACUACGUGCCCAAUUACUAUCAGGGGCCCCGGAUGCCCGGUCCGACGACGGAACAGGCCCAAGAAUCGUCACCGAUAGUCACGCAGACGCUCAAGGACGGACUGAUCCGGAUGCUGUUGUCCACCAGCCCGCGAUACGACCCGGACAGGAUCAGCGAACGUUCGACGACCCGGCUGGCGUACCGCAGUACCAGCACGCAGCCGACGCCCGUCAGGAGCGUGCAGAUCGUCAGUGGCGGCAACGACGAUGACGACCGAGAUGUGGACAGCAGACCGGUGACAACCGAAACUCCGGACUAG